AUGUCCUGGUUUCAGGAAUUCCCGCGUCAUCCCUUCUCGCCUUAUUCUUCACAACCACAACAGCCCAAAGUACGUGCUUGUUUCCGCACCAUUUCACGCUCCUCUGCGCCGUUCUACGCUCCCUCGCGCUAUUUCAACCUCCUCACCUACGCAGUCUUUCUGACCUCCUUCCCACGGGGUCCGUCGUACCUUCAGCUUUUUCCACCCCACUCCCCCCCCUCUCUCCAGCUCUUCCGGUUUGCCUCUGACUGGGAGAGCAUUGCACCGACUGUCUACUCGGUGAACAGCUGCCAGCCUGGCACCAACCUCCACCUGCCAUCUCUCGCCCGCCAGAAGGCCUACCUGUGGCCGGCAGAGAUGGAGUGGUGGAUCGUAGCAGAAGAGGAGAUGGCAGCGGCUCCUUUCCUCCUCCUUUUGGGGACCCUGUGGGUGACUCCUCUCUUCCAACAACCGAUUCCCUGUGCCUCCCCUCCCUUUCCCACCUCAACCCCCACUCCUCUCCAGCUGUUCUGGUUUCGCACUGAAUGGGAGAGCACAGCACCGACUGUAUAUUCUGUAAACAGCUGCCAGCCUGGCACCAACAUCGACUUGCCGUCGCUGGCCCGCCAGAAGGCGUACCUGUGGCCGGCAGAGAUGGAGUGGUGGAUCGUAGCGGAAGGGAGGAUGGCGGCGGCUCACAGGGACCCUGUGGGGGACGCCUCUCUUCCACCCCGAUUUCCCGCACCGAAAUACGGGGCUGAGUUUGCAAGCGAUGGAGUGGUGUAUGGCGGGGCGUACGUCAGCGAGUUACGGUUCAGCUCUCGUGUGGAGCUCAGCUAUACAAUCACGCUCGUCGGGCCCUCGACCAACCCAGUGGCAUUAGAACUUCAAUUUCUACAAAGCAUCUCGAAGGAUCGGAUUUUGGAUUGUUAUACGAGGGAGAGGUUUCUGGAGUGGUUUUUAGGAGUCUAA